UCGUAAUAUAUUUCUUUAGUUAAAAUAUUUUCUAGCCCCCACUAAUAAACAUUUCUGGAUCCGCCACCGAAAACCAAGAAAGGAUUUUCAAAUUGAUGAUGAUUAUCUGAACUUAUAUCCUCCUUAAUUACCCAAGAGAAGGCGUUUUUCAAAUUCUUUGUCAUUAGAAUAAUUUUGGAUAAUUGCACAAAUUUUAGACGGACACAUGUAGGGGCAUGGUGUGGCUUUAGCCACACCAGAUUUUCAGGAUUUAUUUUUUUUAAUAUUUUAACUCUCUCGUCUGUCACUUGAACACCACCACCAGUCUACUAUCACAACCUCCCCUUGAUUUCAUCCUAUUCCUUGUCUUAAAGGAAACAAAGUUUUCCUAUUCAAAAUUUCUACAGGAUGAGAUUUCAGAUCUAAAAUGAAACAAAGAAAAAUGAAAAUCUCUCUACAGGAAUUUCAGACAUCAAUUUGUUGUGAGACAGCUCCAAUUCAAUGGGAAAAGAGAGUUUGAGUGUUUAAUUUUACUCUUAAAGAGAUCGAUUGAAGGAGAAGUUUUUGAAAAUUUUAUUGAAGAAGAAGAGUGUUGUUUAUCUCUCUCUUUGUGGGUGUUGAAGAGAGAAUAGUUAAAAAGGGAUAGUGUUAUAUCUUGUGUUUCACCAAAGAAAUUUCUAGAUAUUACUAGAGAGUCUGGAAGAAAAAAAUGUAUGGAGUGCAGAGUGUUUCAACUUUCACCAAAGAGGAGAAGGCAGAAAAAAGCUGGUUUGAUCGGAAUGCUAGCUCAGUGGAUUUAGUCACUGAAAAUUAUGACAGUGAGGAGGAACAAGUUAAUAAAUGUAGGCAAAAGAAAGCCAUCUCUAAGCAAUUGAAGAAAUUGCAGACGGCUGGUGUAACACCCCUCCUUCAGGAACAAUUGCAACAAUUAACAAGGCAAAAAUUAAGUGAUCGCCAGGGUGCAGUAUUCGGCAAAAAGGGAAAAUUUGUUGUGAUCGGUCAAGAUUGUGUAGACGCACUUCAUGCACUUCGGAGUGCUGGGGAAGAGGUGCGCAUGGAUAUCAAGGAUUCAACACGACAGAAAAAUACCGUGAAUUCGAAAAGAAAAAGAAAAGAGGAGAAAACACGUUUACGUGAUCAACGUAAAAAGCAGAAGAGAAAGCAAAACAAGGAGGAUGAGGCCGAAUAAAUUUUUAUUCAUAUAACUUAUACAUUAGGUGAAAUUUUACAACAAAAUUGUCACGAUUUACUGUAUUUUUUUAUGGCAGCGUCUGUUGUUUCUCCUGCCUUGUUUUAGAACAACGAAUUUUGUAUGAAUAUGUCAGCACACAGAUAUAGUUUCUAUCGUA